AUACUUUGGCACAACAGGCAGUACUAAGUCGUUUUUCUCCUAGUUGCUGUAAUGCCACGUGCAUCCACUUAUAUCCGUACAUUUGUAACAACCUAAAAAUUACGAAACGUAUAUUUGAUUUAAAAAAGCCUCACAAUUCGACACUCUCAUAGAUCUCCAUACAACAAAACAUUUAUCUCGCGGACAGAUUUUAACGAGAGUAAAGCCUCUCGAUUCGCCUCUUCCUCUGUAAGGAAACACAUUUUUCCGGUGUAGCGAAACUUCAUUUUCUAUUUGUGUGUAUUUGAACGAGAAACAGAAACUUGUUCCUCUCAUGGUUAGUAUCUUUACAAUCAGUAUUUGGUGAGAUAUAUCUAGUCGUCAAAAGGAGGAAGGUAGUUUACAUUAUCUACUAUCUAGCUAAUAUUGUUAGCUAACGUAACCCAGGCGAAGAGAGUCCAUUUCUGACCCAGAAAGAAUGCAAAUGAAGAGGAAGACCUAGACAAUAACCAAUCAACAAGAUUAAGAUCAAACCUGGGAAAAAGCAACGCAAUAAAACCAAGAUGACUAGAAGUCAUCGAGACCCCAUCAAAACAGAUUGUGAAACACAGUCAGAUGAUGUUGACUCCAGUAGAGAAGAUUCAGACAUUGGCCAAGCCCACUCUCUCAGCAGUAAUGGGUUUACUUUCAACAUCAUCCAAAUCAAAGAGGAGGAAACAGACUUUGAAGUGCAUGAAACAAGUGAGGAACAUAACGGAAUUAGUUACUUAAUUAUCACUUGGAUUCUAGAGCACUCCACCAGGAUUCUGGAAUCUGGAACCAUCAAAACCAAGACUGAAACAGAUUCUGUUUACAUUAGCCAAGGAACUGUGGAAAUGAAGACUGAGCAUGAUUCUGAAAUCAGAGUGGUUAAGACAGAAACUCUAGUGUACUCUCCCUCACACAGCUGCCCCCACUGCAGUUGCAUGUUCCACACACCACAGCAGCUACUUGUCCACACCUGCCAGGUCGUGAAUUCUGACAACAUUGUGGAUGUUUUGUUGAAGACCCCAUUUCAUUCUUUGGAGUCCACAGAAAAGGUGCGAAUUAAAACAGAGGGUCGACCUCUGCCUGAAAUCAAGUACAUAAGGAAGGAUGACAAAGUGAGGAGGGCGUUCAAUACCAACUGGUAUAAAAAGUAUCAAUGGCUAACAGGUAGUCUUUCAUCAAGCCGCUUGUAUUGCUGGCCUUGUCUGCUCUUUGGAACGUUUGAGCCUUGGGCUAAAGGGGGUUUCAGUGACCUGAAGAACAUUGACCGUUCAGCUAAACGGCAUGACGAAUGCCGGGAGCAUCUCAACUCCUACGCGAAACUCAAGCUUUUGGGACACCCGAGUCAUCAUGCCAAUCAUUCACUCAAUGAAGGCCUGCGUAUUCAAGCUGCGCAACACAACGAAAAGGUCAGAAGAAACAGGGAUGUUCUCAAACGCCUCAUUGACAGCAUUGCAUACUUAGGCAUGCAACAGUUGGCUUUUAGGGGGCACGAUGAGACGGAAAGUUCCGCUAACAAAGGCAACUACAGGGAAUUGGCAGAGGUAAUCGCGCGGUAUGAUGCUUUACUUGCUCAGCAUAUGGAAUCUUCAACUGUGUUCACUGGAAUGUCAAGAACAAUUCAGAAUGACUUGAUAACUGCUAUCGCAUCAUCAAUUAAAAGUGAGAUUAAAAGCAAAGUUGACGCUGCUCCAUUUUUCUCAUGGCAAAUGGAUGAAACUACAGACCAUUCACAGUUGUCUGUCAUUGUCAGGUAUGUGGAUGAUCGGGGGGGUGUCCAGGAGCGUUUCUUGGGCUACUUUGUGUCAGCUGGGCGAGAUGCACAGUCUGUGUUUGAUCUAGUGAAUUCGGAGAUGUCAGAGUUUAACUUUGUGGAGAAACUAGUCGCUCAAACAUAUGAUGGCGCUGCUGUAAUGGCUUCUGAUUUAAAUGGUCUGCAAGCAAAAGUAAGAGCUGUAGCUCCGAGCGCCACCUUUGUGCAUUGCUAUGCACAUCCUCUCAACUCCGUAUUAAGCCAGAGCGUGAAGUCUAUGCCCAAGACCAAGGUUUUCUUUGCCACACUGGGUGGCUUCGCAACUUUUUUUUGUAAGUCCACCAAUAGAAUGCUGCUAGAAAAGGUCGCUUGUGCAAGUUUGCCAAAAAAUGUACCAACACAUUGGAAUUUCACAUCCAGAGUCGUUAACACAGUGGCAAAAAACUUUGAGCAUCUAUUGGACACAUUCACAGGUAUCACAGAGCAUCCUAACAUGGAUGAUGACACGAUUUUCGAUGCAAAUGGGUUCAAGACACAGCUGGAAGAUGUUCAUUUUAUUUUUUUACUUCUCACUUUUGAAUAUAUAUUUGCUUGCACAGAUGUGGUUUUUGACAGUGUGCAACAGAAUGCCAUGGAUGUAGAAUUUUGUAAGAGGAGGAUUGAGAAUCUUAUGCUCAAGAUAGAGGAGCACAAAUCUGAAGAAGAAUUUAGUGCUAUAUAUCAGAAGGCUUCGAACAUGACAGAUGAUCCAGAGUUGAUGCACAGAAGGAAGCGGAGGCAGGGCACUCAGGAUGUACUGCGGACGUACAAAUCACUGUAUGAUUCAAUCCAUGACAACAUCAAGACACAAAUAGCACAAAGGUUCCAAAGCCUGGACAGCAGGAGAUACAUGGAGUUGUUAGAUGAUGAGAAAUUUGAGUCAUUCCGGAGUGAAUUCCCUGCAAAUGCAAUGGAAAGCCUGUCCCAGAGCUAUGGGUGUUUUUUCAACAUGGAAAAACUGAAAAAUGAGCUGCAAGUGUUCUACUGUGGUGAGGAGCUUCAAGGGAACAGUCGAAAACUGUGUGACAGAAUCUUGCAUUUCAAGGAGUGUGGAUUGAAUGAAGUGAUGCCUGAGGUGUACCGGUUCAUGUGCCUAGUUGCAACUAUAGGGGCAACGUCAGCGGGCGUGGAGAGCAGAUUCUCUCGUCUGAAGAGGCUGAAAAGCUACACAAGGAACACCAUGGGACAAGAGCGACUCAAGAACCUGGCAAUCCUAUCCAUAGAAAGGAGAAUUCUUAAAUCAUUGCAGAAGAAUCCUCACUGGUAUGAGAGGGUCAUUGACCAGUUUGCCAACCAGACUAUGAGAAGAAUGGACUUUAUAUUCAAGUGAUGGAGACUGGAUGGUGGAAACUCCCUGAACUACUGCAAGGGAGUAUAAGGUCCCAUGAUGCCAGUGAUGUCUUAAAAGCAGAGUGUAGGUCCUGUUUGUAAGCAUGUUCACAUGUCCACAACCUCUCAUUCUUCCUCUGGAGACCUCAACCCUUCUCAUGCACUGCAGUCCGCGUUGACUAAAGCUGUCAGUGUCAUCGAAUGAUGUCAAACAAACUGACCGCUGCUGCUAAAGAACAUUAAAACUUUGACUAUUUUGCUGAAUGCCGGUUUUCCUUUUUCAGUUUACAUGCCUUUUGGACCCUGCACCCAAAUACUUAUUUGAACUGUUAAGUUGCGCAUGGUUCUUGAUUUUGUGUUGUAUUUUGUAGUUAUUAUGGAUCCCCAUUAGCUACUCUUCCUGGAGUCCAGCAAAAUUUAAGGCACUUAUAACAUUUUUGUAGUUGAUUAACAAGGGAAAAGUGAUGCACAGAUGGUUGUAUAUGCCCGACUUUCUGCCUGGGGAUGACAAAAGUGACAAUGAUUGCUGUAAAUGAAGUAUGUGAAAGAGGACAUGUUUGCUGUUUGGUAAUUGCACAUUAGACAUUACUUUAAAAUUAAUUAUUCAGUGUUCACUUCAACAGCUGUAGAACAUCCUGUCAUAACUGAUUUGUGUCAAUCCAUAUGCCAUCAAUGGCCUGCACUGGUUUUGAUAUUGCGCCAUGUUUCACUUGCUAAUAAUCAUACACAUUCAUUUUAUUGAAGGUGAUUGGGCCAAGCAUGUAGGCUACAUUGUCAUUCCCACGUCUUUGCAGUGAUGGUCUCUACCAAUUAGAGUAGGGUUCCUAUGCUAUUUUCUCCAUUCCAGCCAUUACAAUGAGCCCGUCCUCCAAUAGCUCCUCCCACCAGCCUCUGCUGUAGUUUAUACAUUGGCUUCAAUAACCAUCAUCUUGCUAAUCCAAUGGACACAUUUCAUCUUUGACAACAGUAUUUCAGUAAGUACUGCUUUGAUAAAGCUAGAAAAUGCGAAGGGCGCAACUGCUACAAAACUGAUACCAAAAGUACACCAAACGUAUGUGGACACCCCUUCAAAUUAGUGGAUUUGACUAUUUCAGCUUCACCUGUUGCUGCCAGGUGUAAAAAACUUGAGCACACAGCCAUGUAAUCUCCAUAGACAAACAUUGGCAGUACAAUGACCCAUACUGAAGAGCUCAGUGACUUUCAACAUGGUACUGUCAUAGGAUGCCACUUUUCCAAGAAGUCCGUUCGUCAAAUUUCUGUCCCUGGUCAACUAAGUUCUGUUAUUGUGAAGUGGAAAUGUCUAGGAGAAACAACGGCUCAGCCGCAAAGUGGUAGGUCACACAAGCUCAAAGAAUGGGACUGGCCAGUGCUGAAGCACAUAGUGUAUAAAAAUCACCUAUCCUCGGUUGCAACACUCCAAACUGCCUCUGGAAGCAGCCUCCGCACAAUAACUUUGUCGGGAGCUUCGUAAAAUGGGUUUCCAUGGCCGAGCAGCCACACACAAGCCUAAGAUUACCAUGUGCAAUGCUAAGCAUCACCUGGAGUGGUGUAAAGCCCACUGCCAUUGGACUCUGAAGCAGUGGAUAUGCGUUCACUGGAGUGAUGAAUCACUCUUCCCCAUCUGGCAGUCCGAUCGAAGAAUCUGGUUUUGGCGGAUACAAGGAGAACGCUACCUGCCCGACUGCAUAGUGCCAACGGUAAAGUUAGGUGGAUGAGGAAUAAUGGUCUAGGGCUGUUUUUCAUGGUUCGUGCUAGGCCCUUUAGUUCCAGUGAAGGGAAAGCUUAACGCUAUUGCAUACAAUGACAUUCUAGAUGAUUGUGUGCUUCCAACUUCGUGGCAGCAGUUUGGGGAAGGCCCUUUCCUUCUUUAGCAUGGCAAUGCCCCCGUGCACAAAGAGAGGUCCAAACAGAAAUUAUUUGUCGAGAUUGGCGUGGAAGAACUUGACUUGCCUGCACAGAGCCCUGACCUCAACCCCAUCGAACACCUUUGGGAUUAAUUGGAACGCCAACUGCGAGCCAAGCCUAAUCACCCAACAUCAGUGCCCGACCUCACUAAUGUUCUUGUGGCUGAAUGGAAGCAAGUCCCAGCAGCAAUGUUCCAACAUCUAGUGGAACCCCUUUCCAUUUUUAUGUAGUCAAUUUUCCUCUCCACAAUUGGCUGACUCCUCCUGAUGGCCUGGUUGGACAUGACUGCAACAUGGUCUCCAGGAGGAUCAUUCAAUGAAGUUGGAAGUCCCACCCAGUUGGCUAAGUCGCUCUGGAUAAGAGCGUCUGCUAAAUGACUUAAAUGUAAAUGUAAAUGUACAUUAAAAUUGUGGAAUCCCUCAAUAGUGCUGCCCAUGCUAAUGAUCUUUUGGCCACUAGAGGUCUCUAUCAUUCUCUAUGGCAGAUACUUUUUGGCGAGAAUUAAUGUUCCUUUAAUGUUCCCUGUUCCAUCAGUCAAUUCGUCACAGGCGCUAAAUCUUUGCACAUGAUCCAGGGAUCUUUGCCUGAUUGGUCAGGGUUCAUGACUAACAAUCCAGGAAAUGCAUCAGCUUUCCGGUUAAAGAUGGUGGAUAAGGGAAGAGGUCCCGCUCAGGCCGUUGAUCAUUGAAAUAAAAUGAAUGUAAUGUGAAGGUGUUGACCUAACCAGAAACACUCUUGUCAACAAGAUGAAGAACAAAUCUGUGAAAAAGCAACACAAAAUCAUGAGGUCUAAACACCGAGACCCCAUCAAAACAGAGUGUGAAACACAGUUCGAUGAUGUUAACUGCAAAAGAGAAGAACCAGACAUUAGCCAAGCUCCCUCUCCCAACACUAAAGGGGUAACUUCCAACUCCAUCCAAAUUAAAGAGGAACCAGCAGACUUUGAAGUACAGAGUCAUUGCUUGGAUUCUAGAGCACUCCACAAGGAUUCUGGAACCGUCAUAACCAAGACUGAAACAGAUUCCGUUUACAUUAGCCAAGGAACAGUAGAGGUAAAAGCGGAGUAUGAUUCUGAUUCUGAAAUACAUAAGGUGGUGGUUAAGAGAGAAACUCAAGUGUGUUUCAUGAAGGAGGAGAAUGUGGGUGAAGUUGACACAGAUGAGGACACCGAAGACGGGAGGGAUACUGACAGCAACAGAGUCUCUUCUCCUCAGUUCUUUCCUUGCACAUACUGCACCAUCUCCUUCACCAACCAUUCCUUCCUGGAGAAGCACAUCAAGUGGAACCACCAGAAGGAGUAUCUGGCCAUGUUGAGAAGCAGUUUUUCAAAGAGCAGUGGAACAGAGACGCUCCCAACACACAGCUGCCUCCACUGUAGCCUCAUGUUCCAAACCCCACGGCUGCUUAGCAUCCACACCCUCCAGAUCCACCCUUCUGCCACUCCCCGGAAACCUGCCCGUCCACACAGAGUUUCGGCAAAACUCUACACCUGCCCACAGUGUGCCCGCAGAUUCAGAUACCUGGGCAGUCUGCAAAACCACUGUGAGCUUUCACACAAAAUGGCUGUGAUCAGCACUAAUGGACACCUCAGUUGUGCCGACUGUGGGAAAAGCUUCAAGAAUUGUUGGGGACUGGGACCUCACCAGUGUCACGAACCAGAGGGCACUGAACCUCAGGACAUUAAGCCUGUGGUCUGUCUUGAAGUCGGCUUCCAUUGCUCAGAGUGUGGUAAGAUCCUUUGUAGUCCACAGAGCCUGAACAUUCACAUGCGAAUUCACACCGGAGAGAAGCCUUAUGCCUGCAAGGAGUGUGGCAAAAGGUUUGCGGAGAGCGGCAGUUUACGCAAACACCUGCUGAUACACUCUGGAGUCAAGGCAUUCAAAUGCCAGGAAUGCGGGAAGGAUUUUGCCCGUAUGAAGGGUCUCAGGAGUCACAUGACCACUCAUUCUGGCAAAAAGCAGUACUCCUGCUCCCACUGUGACCGGCAGUUUGGAUACAAGUCUAGUCUGACCAUUCACCUACGCUCUCACACGGGGGAGAAACCCUUUCACUGCACAGAGUGUGGUAAAGACUUCUCUAUCAAGAGAAACCUGAGGCUUCACCUAAAGAUCCACAACAAUGAGAAAGGCCACCAGUGUGGGGAGUGUGGCCUGAAGGUGAUAGACAUUGGGGCGUUGAAGACACACAUGCGCUCACACACCGGCGAGAGGCCUUACCACUGCACAGUGUGCAGCAAGCAGUUCAUUCGACUGGAACACCUGAAGAACCACCAACGCACUCACACAGGUGAGAGACCAUACGUCUGUUCGGAGUGCAGCAAGAGCUUUGCUCAGUCUGGAGAUCUCACAAAACACAUACGCACCCACACUGGAGAGAAGCCGUAUGAAUGUUCUGUCUGCCACGGCUGUUAUACCUCUUCAGGGGAUCUGGGCAAACAUAUGAGGAUCCACAAUGGCUCACGGCCCUUUCCCUGCCAGGAGUGUGACAAGAGCUUUCGCUUGGUCGGCCACCUUAAAACUCACAUGAGGACCCACACUGGGGAGAGACCGUACUCCUGCCCCCGCUGCCUCCGGACCUUCGCUCGCACCCACCACCUCUCUGUUCACCUGGCUCAGUGUCGCUGAUUGAUGAUUAUGAUUUGCCUGGUUGUGUUGCGCCUUUCUCAAAUUCAUUGCUUUAUGGGGGUAACUCACCCUUUCCACUACUCCCAAUGUGUAGCCCUUGCCUGGGGGGCAGCCAUAUUUCACCAGAACACUGAGGUGGGGCAUUUGGCUGACUAUUACAGUGGACAAACAAGAUGAUGUAGGAAGCGUCAAUUCGAAGGUCUAAGAGCUCCAGACAUUGACACUCCACUAGAUACAGCUAGAUGUUUGGUAGAGUUUUUAGUUGGCAUGCAGUUUCAGAUUUGUUUUCUGGACAUUAAAGGGAUAGUUCAAAGUACAAAUUAAUCUAAUUUCCCACUUACCGUGGCUGUAGGUGUAGAUGAUUAAUCAAAACGUCAGAAUUUGAUUAUAGAGCAAUAAAGUGACUUAAAUGUAAGGUAGACGUCUGUCAUGUCAAUUACUAUUUUGGGUGAAUUAUAUCUGUUUUGUGCUAUAUCUAAAAUCAUGACACUAUUUUACUGAAUGUAUGAUGACAAUAAUUUUCUGAUGAAGGUGAGCAGAGUGGGUCUGCAGUACAGUCGUGGCCAACAGUUUUGAGAAUGACACAAAUAUUAGUUUUCAAAGUCUGCUGCCUCAGUUUGUAUGAUGGCAAUUUGCAUAUACUCCAGAAUGUUAUGAAGAGUGAUCAGAUGAAUUGCAAAGUCCCUCCUUUGCCAUGCAAAUGGACUGAAUCCCCCAAAAACAUUUCCACUGCAUUUGAGCCCUGCCACAAAAGGACCAGCUGACAUCAUGUCAGUGAUUCUCUCGUUAACACAGGUGUGAGUAUUGACGAGGACAAGGCUGGAGAUCACUCUGUCAUGCUGAGUGUGUUUGAAUAACAGACUGGAAGCUUCAAAAGGAGGGUGGUGCUUGGAAUCAUUGUUCUUCCUCUGUCAACCAUAGUUACCUGCAAGGAAACACGUUCCGCCAUCAUUGCUUUGCACAAAAAGAGCUUCACAGGCAAAGAUAUUGCUGCCAGUAAGAUUGCACCUAAAUCAACCAUUUAUCGGAUCAUCAAGAACUCCAAGGAGAGCGGUUCAAUUGUUGUGAAGAAGGCUUCAGGGUGCCCAAGAAAGUCCAGCAAGCGCCAGGACAGUCUCCUAAAGUUGAUUCAGCUGCGGGAUCGAGGCACCACCAGUACAAAGCUCGCUCAGGAAUGGCAGCAGGCAGGUGUGAGUGCAUCUGCACGCACAGUGAGGCAAAAACUUUUGGAGGAUGUUCUGGUGUCAUGAAGGGCAGCAAAGAAGCCACUUCUCUCCAGGAAAAACAUCAGGGACAGACUGAUAUUCUGCAAAAGGUACUGGGAUUGGACUGCUUUUCUCUGAGUCCCUUUUCCGAUUGUUUGGGGCAUCUGGAAAAAAGCUUGUCCGGAGAAGACAAGGUGAGCGCUGCCGUCAGUCCUGUGUCAUGCCAACAGUAAAGCAUCCUGAGACCAUUCAUGUGUGGGGUUGCUUCUCAGCCAAGGGAGUGGGCUCACUCACAAUUUUGCCUAAGAACACAGCCAUGAAUAAAGAAUGGUACCAACAUCCUCCGAGAGCAACUUCUCCCAACCAUCCAGGAACAGUUUGGUGACGAACAAUGCCUUUUCCAGCAUGAUGGAGCACCUUGUCAUAAGGCAAAAGUGAUAACUAAGUUGCUCGGGGAACAAAACAUAGAUAUUUUGGGUCCAUGGCCAGGAAACUCCCCAGACCUUAAUCCCAUUGAGAACUUGUGGUCAAUCCUCAAGAGGCAGGUAGACAAACAAAAACCCACAAACUCCAAGCAUUGAUUAUGCAAGAAUGGGCUGCCAUCAGUCAGGAUGUGGCCCAGAAAUUAAUUGACAACAUGUCAGGGUGGAUUGCAGGGGACUUGAAAAAGAAGGGUCAACACUGCAAAUUUUGACUCUUUGCAUCAACUUCAUGUAAUUUUCAAGAAAAGCCUUUGACACUUAUAAAAUGCUUGUAAUUAUACUUCAUUAUUACAUAGUAACAUCUGACAAAAAUAUCUAAAGACACUGAAGCAGCAAACUUUGUGGAAAUUAAUAUUUGUCAUUCUCAAAACUUUUGGCCACGACUGUACAUACAAGAAACAAAUACUCUUUAUACCGCCUAUGUACUGAAUCUAUAACUUACUUUAACUGAUAGUGUUGUCUUGGUGUGUGUGAUAAAAAGUUGUGUUGUAACUGAUUAAUUACACUACCUUUCAAAAGUUUGUGGUCACUUAGAAAUAUCCUUGUUUUUGAAAGAAAAGCACUUUUUGUUGUCCAUUAAAAUAACAUAAAAUUGAUCAGAAAUACAGUGUAGACAUUGUCAAUGUUGUAAAUGACUAUUGUAGCUGGAAAUGGCUGAUUUUUAAUGGAAUAUCUACAUAAGCGUACAGAGGCCCAUUAUCAGCAUCCAUCACUCCUGUGUUCUAAUGGCAUGUUGUGUUAGCAAAUCCAAGUUUAUCAUUUUUAAAAGGCUAAUUUGAUCAUUAGAAAACCCUUUUGCAAUUAUGUUAGCACAGCUGAAAACUGUUCUGAUUAAAGAAGGAAUAAAACUGGCCUUUAGACUAGUUGAGUAUCUGGAGCAUCAGCAUUUGUGGGUUUUAUUACAGGCUCAAAAUGGCUAGAAACAAAGAACGUUCUUCUGAAACUCGUCAGUCUUCUUGUUCUGAGAAAUGAAGGCUAUUCCAUGCGAGACAUUGCCAAGAAACUGAAGAUCUCGUACAACGCUGUGUGCUACUCCCUUCACAGAACAGCGCAAACUGGCUCUAACCAGAAUGGAAAGAGAAGUGGGAGGCCCUGGUGCCAACUGAGCAAGAGGACAAGUACAUUAGAAUGUCUAGUUUGAGAAACAUAUGCCUUACAAGUCCUCAACUGGCAGCUUCAUUAAAUAGUACUUGCAAAACACCAGUCUCAACUUCAACAGUGAAGAGGUGACGCCGGGAUGCUGGCCUUCUAGGCAGAGUUGCAAAGAAAAAGCCAUAUCUCAGACUGGUCAAUAAAAGAUUGAGAUGGGCAAAAGAACACAGACACUGGACAGAGGAACUCUGCCUAGAAGGCCAGCAUCCCGUAGUCGCUGCUUCACUGUUGACGUUGAGACUGGUGUUUUGCGGGUACUUUUUAAUGAAGCUGCCAGUUCAAGACUUGUGAGGUGUCUGUUUCUCAAAGUAGACACACUAAUGGACAAACAAAUUGCUUUUCUUUCAAAAACAUGGACCUUUCUAAGUGACCCCAAACUUUUGAACGAUAGUGUACAUUGUAUUUAUUCUAAAUGAUUAGGCAACUGUUAUUAUAAGAAUGUGUCAAUGACUUGAUAUCUACUAAGUCAUUACAUUGACUAAUAAAUAUGAACAACGUUAAGGCUGUUUAACCAAACCGUGCACAAUGCAAUAAAUUAUUUCAAAAAAUUGUA